AUGAUAGCUCACAAAACGGAAAUAUUAGAACACUGUUUGGACGGAGGGAUGGAGGCCGCCCCACCUCUGGGAUGGAACAUAACGCCGUUUGAGUACUUCGAGUCGAGAUGGUGGGAGGCGGCUAUGACGGUUUUCUUUAAGAUGCCACUCCUCCUUGAUGGAGGGGGGAAUGGGGUGCCGUGCGAUGAGAAUUGGAUCCCGUUGGGAACUCGGCUUUGUCCAUCUAUCAGGAAAGCGGUGGAUGUAAUAAUUCGAUACGAUGAGCUGGUGGAUAUUUUUCACGACAUUCAUUCCAACGAACCGAUGAAUGAAAUUCAUCCUCCCGAAACAGAUUUACACCUCCCCCCAUCUCAUCACGAAGCUUGUUACAUCUGUGGAGAAAAAUUUCCUACAAAGAAAGACUUGGCAUCCCAUCGCAAAACGCACCUUGGUCAGCGUCCAUUCAGCUGUGACACCUGUCCCGCAACCUUUUCUGGUUGGACGACUUGCGAAAUGCACAAACUGCGCCAUACCCCGGAGUGGCCGGAGCUUGAAAAGGAUGCCAAAAAGUUGUCCGAGCUAAAACGCAAGUUCGCUUUGGAGCGGGUACAUUGGCGGAUGAAGUUUUACAAAGCACCAAAAAUCUAUCCGUGUCCACACUGCGAGAAAACGUUUACAUGGCCGGUAUAUCUUCGAAAGCAUGUCAGAGCACAUUCCACUGAAAAACCACACGUCUGCCCCACGUGUGCCUCAGCCUAUAAACAUAUUUCCCAAUUGAGGGAACACACAGCACGUGCAACGUGCUCCAAAGUGAUCCUCACCAAAUUUUCGCGUGGCCUCCAGUGUGACCUUUGCCCCGUGCGGGUUAAGACGGAACGCGGGCUUAAAUCGCAUCGCAGAAAUGCCCACGGAAUAUACAUCCCUCGUCGAGUCAAACCAUCGUACCCGUGUCCCAAAUGUCCCCACGUGUCGAGCGCUCCUAGCAAAUUCAAGGAACAUGAAAAUAUGCACGCCGGAGUGAAACCGUACCCGUGCGAGGCGCAUUGCGGGCUAGCAUUUACUCUAAGCGCCACGAAUAAUAUAAAGGACACCCAAGUUUACCAAAAACUUCAAACUGGAAUCAAUCUCAACCUGCCCCUUCGCACACUUUCCACGCCGGCAUGUCUAGGAAUGCAUUACAACUCGACGGGUUGUUGCCGGACAUGCCGGGGUGGAAAAAAAAACAUGUUGACCCAUGUCCGGCGAGGAUGUGCCAAGGCGCGGGAGCUCGGACUCGACGUCAAGUUCUUGGCUGAACAGAAAGCCCAGGCUGAAAGCAGGACUGGAAAAAGUGUCGUGAUUCGGGACGGUCUGGUCUGUCCAGUUUGUGGCAAGAAACUAAGCACGAUUCCAAAGAUGAGGGAGCAUCAAGGAAUCCACGGCACGUGA